AUGUCCGAAUUUACAGGUAUUCCAACUGACACCGGAACCGGUGGUAACUCUUUGGAUACAGAUUUGAACACUCCAUAUGACAAGGCUAACAUGGCCUGGAUUAUGGUUGCCGGUUCAUUUGUCUGGUUAAUGGUCCCAGGUAUCGGUUUGUUGUACUCUGGUCUUUCGAGAAAAAAGCACGCUUUGUCUCUAUUAUGGGCUUCCAUUAUGACUAUUUCGGUGGUCACUUUCCAAUGGUAUUGGUGGGGUUACAGUCUUGUGUUCUCCCAUAAUACAAGAGGUAACGGUUUCAUCGGUACUUUAUCCGAAUUUGGUUUCAAAAACGUUCUUGGUGCUCCUUCUGCUGCUGGUACUGUUCCAGAUAUCUUAUUCGCUUGGUUUCAAGGUAUGUUCGCAAUGGUCACCGGUAUUUUGAUGGUCGGUGGUGCCUGUGAAAGAGCUAGAUUGUUCCCAAUGAUGGUCUUUUUGUUCUUGUUCAUCACCAUCGUAUACUGUCCAAUUGCUUGUUGGACUUGGAACCCAGAGGGUUGGUUGGCUACCCUUGGUGCUUUAGAUUACGCAGGUGGUGGUCCAGUCCACAUUUGCUCCGGUCACGGUGCUUUGAUUUACGCUUUGAUUUUGGGUAGAAGAAAUGAUCCAUUGACGAAGUCUGGUGUUCCUAAGUACAAGCCACAUUCCGUUACCUCUGUCGUGUUGGGUACUGUCUUCACUUGGAUCGGUUGGAUUGGUGGUUUCAACCCGGGUUCCGCUGGUAACGCUACCAUUAGAGCUUGGUACUCUGCCUAUUCAACAAACUUGGCUGCUGCUUGCGGUGCUUUGACCUGGAUGUUCAUCGAUUACUUCAGAUCUGGUCGUAAAUGGACUACUGUUGGUUUGUGUUCUGGUGCCAUUUCCGGUUUGGUCGGUAUUACCCCUGCCGCUGGUUUCGUUCCAUUAUGGGCUUCCGUUAUCAUCGGUAUCGUCACAGCUGCUGGUUGUAACUUGGCUGUCGACCUGAAGAAUUUGUUGAAGAUCGAUGACGGUUUGGACGUGUACGCUUUGCAUGGUGUCGGUGGCUGUAUCGGUUCAGUUUUGACUGGUAUUUUCGCUGCCGAUUACAUUAACGCAUUGGCCGGCGUUGAAAGUUCCCCAAUUGCUGGAGGUUGGAUCAACCACAACUACAAGCAAGUUGGUUAUCAAUUAGCUGCCGUGUGUGCUACUAUCGCAUGGACCUGUGUCGUUACCGCAUGUUUGCUAUUGAUCUUGGACAGGAUCCCAUUCCUAAGAUUGAGAUUGAGACCUGAAGAAGAAGAAUUGGGUACUGAUGAAGCUGAAAUUGGUGAAUUCACCUACGAAGAAGACGCUGUCUACAUUCCAGAACCAAUCAGAUCCAAAUCCAUCGCUGAAGCUCCUCCAGCAAACAUCGAUGACAAGAUUCACACAGGAAACAACUCUUCAUCAGAACUACAAUCUGAACCAAAAACUACUUCCGCUAAUGCCUAA